AUGUCUGUGGCUGCUGCCUUGUCUGCCUUUGGAUCUUUGAACGGCUCCCUGUUUGCUGGUGGACGAAUUGUGUCCGUGGUUGCCAGAGAAGGACUUUUGCCGGACAUUCUAUCCAUGGCCCAUGUGCGCAGACUGACUCCCUCUCCAUCGCUCAUCUUCACCACCUUCAUCUCCUUGGUCGUUCUCCUGUCUGGGGAUUUUAAAACCAUUGUCAACUACUCAAGCUUUGUUGGCUGGUUCUUCUACGCCGUGACAGUAUCGUGUGUCAUCUAUCUCCGCAUUAAGAAACCGUCGCUUCCCAGACCAUACAAAGUUUUCAUCUUACUGCCUGUGCUGGUUGUGGCGGCAUCGAUCUUUUUUGUUCUGACGCCCAUUUUAGACAAUCCGCAGUUAGAAUAUUUGUACGUGGCUUUAUCCCUCUUAAGCGGAAUCAUCCUCUACAUUCCUUUCAUUCAUUACAAAGUGUGUCCUCGCCUCUUAACCAAGCUCACCGUGUUCCUACAAGUCUUUCUGGAAGUUUCACCGGCAGAGAAAAAUGUCUAA